UGAGGGAGGAGGGAGGAAGGGAGAAAGGGAGGAAGGGAGGAAGGGAAUGAGCUGAACACGGAAGUGGUGGCGGCGCCCAGGGACCUGGCUGAGGCAAUGACUGUGACGGCUAGGAUGGGACCAGAACGCCGAAGCGGGAUUAGGGGUGGCAGAAAGGUAUCUGCUUUGUAAGACCCACACGAGGUGCCGGAGUGGUUGGGCCUCCCCUCCCCACUUAAGCAAGCGCCCUGAGUGAUGGCGAUGGUGAUGGCAGCAGUUACUCUGGCAACCCCAGUUAAGCUGCGCUCCAGGAGGAGUUCAUCCGUUAUCUGCUAUCCGUUGACUUCCGUUUGUGGAGCCUAAACGUUUCUACAGAAUCCAACUCAAAUACACGGACUAUGAUCAGAAUGCUUUCAAGGAGUUUUUGGGCACAUGAUGGCAGGCCAGGUGCAGUGGCUCACGCCCGAAAUCCCUGCCCUUUGGGAGAAGUGGGCAGAUUGCUUAAGCCCAGAAGUUUGAUACUAGCCUAGGCAACAUGAUACAUCCAGAAAAUGCCCAGAAGAAACUUCCUGCUGGAAAAAUAGAAAAAGCAGUAUUUAUAACAUUAGAAUUUGUGGAUAAUUUGUUAAAAUGGCAGAAAAUAAUGAAAAUAUUAGUAAAAAUGUAGAUGUAAGGCCCAAAACUAGUCGGAGCAGAAGUGCCGACAGAAAAGACGGUUAUGUGUGGAGUGGAAAGAAGUUAUCUUGGUCAAAAAAGAGUGAGAGUUGUUCAGAUGCUGAAACAGUGAAUGAUAUAGAGAAAACUGAAGUUUCUUUAAGGAACCAAGAAAGGAAGCACAGCUGUUCAUCCAUUGAGUUGGACUUAGAUCAUUCCUGUGGGCAUAGAUUUUUAGGCCGAUCUCUUAAACAGAAACUGCAGGAUGCUGUGGGGCAGUGUUUUCCAAUAAAGAAUUGUAGUAGUCGGCACUCUUCCGGGCUUCCAUCUAAAAGGAAAAUUCAUAUCAGUGAACUCAUGUUAGAUAAGUGUCCUUUCCCACCUCGAUCAGAUUUAGCCUUUAGGUGGCAUUUUAUUAAACGACACACUGCUCCUAUAAAUUCCAGAUCAGAUGAAUGGGUAAGCACAGACUUGUCUCAGACUGAAUUGAGGGAUGGUCAGCUAAAACGAAGCAAUGUGGAAGAAAAUAUAAACUGUUUCUCACAUACCAAUGUUCAGCCCUGUGUCAUAACCACCAACAACAUUUCAUGUAGAGAAGGUCCUAUGACUGGCUCUGUGAUGAACCUGGUUUCAAAUAACAGUAUAGAAGAUAGCGAUAUGGAUUCCGAUGAUGAAAUUCUAACACUUUGCACAAGUUCCAGAAAAAGAAACAAACCCAAAUGGGAAUUGGAUGAUGAAAUCCUGCAGUUGGAAACACCUCCUAAAUACCACACACAGAUUGAUUAUGUCCACUGUCUUGUACCAGACCUUCUUCAGAUCAAUAACAAUCCAUGUUACUGGGGAGUGAUGGAUAAAUACGCAGCCGAAGCACUACUGGAAGGAAAACCAGAGGGUACCUUUUUACUUCGAGAUUCAGCACAGGAAGACUAUUUAUUCUCUGUUAGUUUUAGACGCUAUAGUCGUUCUCUUCAUGCUAGAAUUGAACAGUGGAAUCACAACUUUAGCUUUGAUGCACAUGAUCCCUGUGUCUUCCAUUCUCCUGACAUUACUGGGCUCCUAGAACAUUAUAAGGACCCAAGCGCCUGUAUGUUCUUUGAACCACUUCUAUCCACUCCUUUAAUUCGGACUUUCCCUUUUUCCCUGCAGCAUAUAUGCAGAACAGUUAUUUGUAACUGUACAACUUAUGAUGGCAUUGAUGCCCUUCCAAUUCCUUCUUCUAUGAAAUUAUAUCUGAAGGAAUAUCAUUAUAAAUCAAAAGUUAGAGUACUCAGGAUUGAUGCCCCAGAACAACAAUGCUAGUAACAGGAUAGGAAUAUGGGAAUGAUAACAUAUAUUUUCAUUUAAUAUUUUAUUUUUCUUAUGCCACUUUGAAUUUUUCUACGAAGGCAGUGGUAUCCAGAGAAAUCUCUGCCCUAAAUUUUACUUCUAAAUCCAUUUUUUUAAUGAUACACUAAUUGUUUAAGGUUAUACACUAGAGCCUAAAUAGAUAUUUUUUAACCAGGUGUUUGGUUUUUGUUUUUACCGUGUAAAUUGUAUACUUAAAUUUUUUCUUUCCUGAAUUUAUACAUGAUCCAGGCAUAUUUGAAAUUUGGUAGGCAUUGCAAACACAUUUGAAUAUUCUGUAUUUCAUACUUUUCUUCAAAAGGUAAUCUUAUGUUUUUUCCUACAUGUGAAAUAUUUUGUUGAUCUAUGCCAGUAGUAUUAUAUAAAAUAUACUUCCCCAUCCCCCUUUUCACUGAGUUUGACAUUCUUCAGUAAAGCUGAAUGUUGUAAUUCACCAUCCCUACUAAUGUUAUUGACUUUUAUAACUUACCAUUAGGGAUGUUAAAGGUAACAAAACCAAGUCAAGCUUGCUGUGUUUUCAUUUUAAAUAUUAACUCUAAAGCAGGAUUACUAAAUUUGAUUAAUCUGGUUGAUGAGAACCAAAUGAAAACAUAACAUUCUGGAGGUGCACUUACUCUUCUGCAAUGUGGCUGGAUCAUUUGUCAUUCCUAAAUAGGUCUUUCUCCUCAACCUAGAAGAGUUAAACCAUCUUCAAAACGUAAUCUUGUUUCUUUCUCACUGGAAGCUUUGAAAAUAGUAAUAACACUAUUAGUAGCUAGUAGUUACUAAAGUGCUAAAGCAAUUGUGGGGUUUUUCUGUAUUAGCUUAUGAACUGUUACUUCUAUUUAGCCCUUUUAUAGAAACUCUGAGCUGUUACUUUGGGGAAAUUCCACAGUCUAUAAGCAGCCGCAAAUUUCCACUAGUAAUCAAAGAGUACCUGAGUAGUUUUUUAUUAUUUUAAGUUGAACUUUGAUAAAGAUUCAAGAAAUAAACAUGGAGCUCAGUAUUCAGGAAGCUUCAUAUUGUUUUUGAUCUACAAGUUCCAAAUAAUUAUCCCUAUUUCAGAAUUAACUUAGGUCUUUAAUGUGGCUUCAAGAAAAAGGAAAGCCAUUUGACAGCUACAUGACUUAUGCCAUACAAAACAGUACUGGACAAAAGGGGUGAUCUUUUAAAUUUACUGUCCCAGAAACAGGGUAACAUUUUUAGAAACAUCUUUAACCCAAGGUAACUAGUAAAAAUAAAUGGAGUGGUUUCCUAACUUCUUUUUUUAAAGAGUCAAAGAAUAAUAAAUGUAGACACAAUUUUUCUUCUGGUAAGCUGUCUAACCCUUUGUACACAUUGGCAUUUUUUAAUAUGGUAAUUGACUUCUUGAUGCUAGUUUAGCUAUAUUAGGAAACUGCUUCUACCUGGAUUGAAAGAAAUUGGACUCAUAAACUUCCAACUUAGAACAAUAUUUCUUCAUUAUUGCUUUUACGUGAAUAGCAUUUCCCUAUCUGGCAGUUCUUCUGUUAAUAUGAAGAUGACAUUUUUCCAAAAUAGCUUUGAAAUGAAUUUUUAGUAAUUAUUACAAAAUUAAACAAGGAAAAUCUCUAUUGCCAUUAUCUUCUAUCAUUUAUUUUUCCUCAGUGAUCUCAAGAUUGUCUUAGUCUCAAUGAGAUGUAGCUACAAAAAUUGCACCUCUCUCAGCAGUGAUGAGGCUCAGGAUAUCAUAACACCAGUGUCAGGAUAAAUAUCUCUUGUAAAGAUGAUACUUACCUUUUGCAAUGUUAGAAAAGUCUCAUACUACCUCAUCUUUAUUGUGGCGCUUUUGUAGAUCACUGAGAAGCUUAUCUUAUUAACCGAUAUGACACUUCCUAAAUAUCCAUCUUUGGUGAAAGAAAAUAGUGUGGUAGACUACCCAUGAUUAUAGUUUUUUAUCAGAAUUUGAUAAGAUUUUCUGUUUCUGUGAAACAAUUAUUUUAAAUAUUUUUCUUUUAAAAAUAACUUUUUAUCAGUACAGAAAAACCUAAGGGACGAUUAGCUUACAACUAUUCUGUUAAGGGGUAGUUUUAUAAAGAAAAAUGAUAUAUAAUUAUGUUGUCUUUUAUAGUGUUAAAAUUAGUAUUUAUAUGAAAGUCAAGAUCUAAGUACCUUUUCAUAUAAUUCAAACUGAUUGCUUGUGAUAUGUUUUCUCUGGCUUUUUUAUUUUUUCAACUUCAAGGUAUUAACAGCUAUUAACACUUAAAAAUACUGCCACAUAUGUAGCCUUGAAGUAGAUGGUCUAAUAAAUGAGAGCAGGGAAGAGAUUCAUUGACUUUGAAAUGAUUUUUAUUUUUCCUUUGGUAUUUGCUACAGUGAAAAGAAAUUUGGAAAGUAGAUAUAUAAAGACUUGAGAAGGGAAUUUUUUAAGGGAAAUAAGGGAAAAUAAAAGUAAUAAUUUUUUUAAAAAACAUUAAGGAAUUGGAAUUCAGAAGGGUUACCCCCAUCCUCUGUGUCUUUGUGAGGAUAUACUUGGAAGAACAUCCAGUAUUCAGAAACUAACCUAUACAAAAUGUAAACAAUACAUUGGUUGCACUAUAUAAAUGAGUAAACUAUGAGUGGAACAAUGUGGGAACGUAUAAAUUUGUCUAAAAUUUUGUAACUCUUAUGUUGAACAGUGGGAAGAUUUGAAAAGUGUAAAUUCCAGAGUUGAGAAAGCAUUUAGCAUGGUGGAAAUGUGGGGAGCUUAUUGAUGAGAGAGAAUGGAGCAAAGCGAAAUAAGAUCAAAUAUUAAAAUUAGGAAUUUAGGCAUUACCUCAGGGAAAAGCCUUGACAGUGAAAAGAAACUACUUAAUCGCUAAUAGCUAGUCUGGACCAGACACUUAACUGCGCUUUGGGAAUCUUCCUGGGCGAAUCAGGAAAUAAACUUGACUUUUCUAUUUUUCUCUGAAGCUUUACAAGACAUACUCCCACUCCCAUUUUUUUCCUAAGCCUACAGCAUCUUGAUUCAUAGUAUAAUUCCUGAAGUAUGCUGAAUGGACUUUUUAAGGUUCCUUUGGCAUUUUUGUAUAGAGUUAUAUGUGAUCUAUCUAUAACCAUGUCAUUCACCUAAAUAAUUCAUAAAGGGAAUGGUUUAAUUUAAAGGAAGACCUAAUAGGAAGAAGAUUAAAGGAAGCUUUUAGUCAGCCUGUGGCUAGAUUUAUUGAUUUGGUGAUCAAACCUGUGUUCUUUCCUGAAUUUCAGCUAAUGGCCAACUGUGGUCAAAGAAUGGCUUUCAGUUAGUUUUGACUUCUUAAUUAUAAAUAAUAUAAAGAAUGUCUUAGUAAUUAGAAAUCCUUUAAUAAGUAGAACAAAUGUGGCAAGUAGGACUCCUAUCAUUACACAAAUUCCAUUUAUUUUUAUAAGAAAAACACAUAAACCAUUAUCAUUUAUUCAUGAGCCAAAGCCAUUAAGCAGAUAAAUCCAGUUAUCAGCUUCCUGUCUCUGAAGUUUGGAUCAUUUUAUAGAUCCAUGCAAUAGAGAGCUUCCUUCCUAUGAAACAAAAACCUUGAGAGUUCUUUUGUUUGUUUGAUUUGUUUGUUUGUUUGUUUUUUGAGACAGAGUCUCGCUGUUGUCGGCCCAGGCUGGAGUGCAAUGGCAUGAUCUCAGCCCACUGCAACCUCCGCCUCUCAGGUUCCAGCAAUUCUUCUGCCUCAGCCUCCCAAGUAGCUAAGAUUACAGGUGCCCGCCACCAUGCCCAGCCAAUUUUUGUAUUUUUAGUAGAGAUGGGACUUUACCAUGUUGGCUAGGCUGGUCUCGAACUCCUGACCUCAGGUGAUCCACCCACCUCGGCCUUUCAGAGUGCUGGGAUUACAGGCAUGAGCCACCGUGCCUGGCCAAGAUCUAACUCUUAUAUUUAUUUUUCAUUAAAAAGAUUUCUUGUCACUCUUAGCUAUAAUUGAAAUCCAAUAAACAGCUUAAGCAUUCAUUUUGGUAAAGCAAAUUUCAAGGAAAGUAAACAAAAUUAUAAAACAUUCCUGGAGACAACACAAGAAAAACAAUGUUUAAAUGUAGAAUAGCCUGUGUAAUGUUAGGUAAUGUAAUGCACAAGUGAAUAAAAGAUUUUAAGUCAAGCAAACUACUGUUUCUACUUUGGAGGAAAAAAGUCAGUUUUACAUUUUUAUUUUAAGGAAAGAACAGAAAGCACAAAAGUUUUUCUUUAUUAAUGGCCUACUAAAUAUAAGCAGUGCAAGAGUCCACCUGUACUAUUCUUAUACAGUAAAAUAUUAGACACAAAAUGGAGGUAACUUUUUUAAAUAGAUUGGCUUGGAAGUUGAAAUGCAGAUUAGUGCAUAUAACCCAAUAGGGAUUUUCAAAUAAAGCCAAAGUCUAUAUUUUUCUUUCUAAUUUUGAAUAGAUUACUCAGUCCUAAAUCUUCUUUGCGUUUAUUUCCUAUAAAAUGUGGAUGAUACUUGUCACUCUACUUCCUGGAGGUUAAUUUUUCAGCAAGAGGUGACCCUGGGAGCAUACUUUAAAAUAACUGCUGUACAGCCAUUGAGUACUAAUGUGAUGAUAGAUUUUCAAAAUACUUCCUUAGUGGACCCUGCAGAAUCACAUUCACUUCUCUUAGACUGUAAUAGGCUUUCUUGGCUUGUUUUAAUAGUAGAGAUAGCAGUACAAUUUGAAUUUAUGGUUUAGGCUCUGCAAUUACAGGAACAAUUGCAAUUUCCUCCUAUCCUUCAUAUGGUCUAUGUAAAUCUGAUGUUUGCCUAACUUAUUUUAAAAGUUGAUUACAUUUUCAGAAAAUAAAGAUAAUCACUUUUGCCAUGGUUAUAAUCAAAUCUAAGCUUUCAGACUUGAGAGCCAUGGUGUAAAACUCAAGGAGGUUUACUUAAAUUAUGCUGACUUUGCUAGAAUUGGAUAAAUUCUGUAUAAGCCAAGUAUGAGUUCAUAUGUACUCGAAUAUACAGUUUUCACAAAGCUAUUACUCUUGUCAUCAGGCUUGUAUGAUCUACUACUUACCACGAAAGAAGUAGACAAUUGCCACUUUUAUUUCUAAUCCUUAAGUUGAAUAUUUCUUCUUGGAUGUAAGUUCGAAUAAAUUGAUCUGGAUAAAUUUUCAUUUCUUCUUAAUUAAAACUUCCUAUGUAAAAUCCAAA